AUGGACAAACUAGAAACUGAAGACAAGGAGAAGAGAAAGCAGAUUAGUGGGAGCAGCUCCAGGGGAGAAAAAUGUCAAACCACCGGCGUGUAUGAGUUAUUGAUCAAGUUGAAUACUGGUAGGCAUGGAGUUGAGGGUUUGGAAAUGGGCCCUUGGCAGCGCAAUGCGUGGUGCGUGGCAUGCUUGACUUGUUAUGUAAGUCAAAGACGGGGGAACCUGGAAGACGAGAGGAAGAGGCGGAGGCAGCAGGCCGAAGCAAAGGAGUACGGAGCAGAGGGGCACCUCAGACUUAGAGGAUCCCUCCCACCUGAGUUCCCGGAAAGAAGUCGCCCAGAGGGGCCAAAAGGGCAGCACCAAGCACCAAGCACCAAGCACCAGGAUGCAAUGGCCGCACCAGCGCCGGGCACAGAGAGAGAGGGCACCUCAGACUGCGAGAGACAGCCCAGCGCGGAUCCCACAAGCACCAGCCCACCAUACCCGCUCUCUCUCACCCACUCAACCCACUCACCCACCCACACCAAGGAGGGAUAUACACAAGGCAAUCUAGUGGUUUCGUACAGUACUGCAAUACUUGUAGACCAGGGCCUUGCUCAGGUUGGACUGGCGUGGGAUGUGUGGGCAAUGGUGAAUGGUGCCUUGCUAGGGGGUGCGCCUGGUUCUGUAGCGCCUCGGAGCGAGCAAGAACCAGAAGGACACUUGCGCCAAAGGAGGCCUAGCCUUGGCUGGUUGUGA